GCAGCGCCGCCGGGCCGAGGGCGGCAGCCUCAGGCGGGAGCUGGGUGUCGGGCCGCUGCCGGUCACCCGGUGCUUGGCCUGCGUGAGGGCACCGCCCGGGCCUGGGGCCCUCGGGCGGCUGGGCAGAACUGCUGUUCCCUGUCCCUUUGCUCCCCCCGAAUGCUUGAAGCUGGGCAGCAGCGCAGGACAGGCCGGGGGCCCACUACCGGCUGCUGUCUGGUUGGACUCCUCUUCCUCAGAGACUGGUUAGGGGCUGGGGGGAACUGGGCCUGCCAGGCUCCCCAUGCAGCACAGCUGUAAGGUCUCACUGCUGCCAUGUGUAUUGUGAUUUCCACAUGGGUUGGAAACAUUUUCUGUGGUAGUGCUGGGUUGGGCGCUUGCCCUUAGCAGCUCUGUGCUUGUCCUUGCUCAGUGUGUGUGUCAGGUGUGCUGGGGAACUAGAGACAAGCGUGAUUCUUGUGAUUUCUGAUCCCUUGGGGGGACAAGAAGCGGAAGGCAACAGAAGUCCUUGUGUGCAUGAGGGAAGUGUUUCUGUCAGCUGUAUUUGGGAUGUAGAGGAGCCAGAAGUCUGUGGAAAGACGAAACUGGGGGACAGUCAACCUCCACCACAGCUCCCCCAGUAAAGGCCUUUGGGCACUGAGAGGAGGGUGCUCCAUGGAAGAACCCAGGGGCCUCUUCCCACCAAAUGCUAAAUGCACUCCAAACACAGUGGAGGGCAAAUUGCAUCUUGUGCACUUUUUGUCAUUCCCUGUACACUAGCCUGGUCUGGUGCUGCCAUGGGAAGGGGCGGCCCUCCUCCCUGGCCCUUUGCUCCCAUUUCUGAGUUUUCCCUUUACUCUGGCCAGUGAAGACACCUGUGCAACCCUAGCAUAAACUGGGUUGGGGAACUGCUCUAGGGUAAAACACACCUGGGAGAAAACAGUUUCACUCUGGCUGGCUUCUUGAUCUGGUACGCGCUUUAGCCACGUGGGUGCUUGCAGUGGCACAAAAGCUGGGAGAGCAGAGGGCCUUCUCUCUCAGCAGCGUGGUCAGGCUUUCCUGGCUCGAGAGAAGGAUUGAGUAAGGUUCUGUACAAGCGCCCAGCCCAUCGGGUGCUUCUCAGAUACACCUGGCAUCCAGCCAAGGUGGCCUUUCACCAUCUCUCCCUGGCAGCAUCUCCUACAGUGCCAAUGUUAGUGGUGCCAAAACCUCCAUGCCCCUGCACACCCUGGGGCUGAACGUUCCUGCCUGGUUGCAUAUUUCCUGAUGGCAGAGAAGUAGAAAGUUUCAGGGAUUAGAAUAGGUGAAUGGGAAUAACCUGUGCUUUGCCUGCAGUCCUCCAAAACCCCACAGUGCCCACAGCAGCCUCAGGCUGCCAUCAGUCUGGUGGCUGGAAUUGGGCAGAGCUCCAGGCCUGCUUGGUUCCUGCCUGCCAUUAGGAAUAACUGUCGGCAAAACACCCGAGGGAGCCGAGCUCUCAGUGAGGCAUGAGAGCAGUAGGCUUCUCCCAGAGGAGUGACAGCAGACAUGCACCCCUGACUCUCCUCCUUGCCCCCUUUUGGGCAGAGGGCAAUCCCUUCUCAGCCCUCCAGGAUUCUUCUCAGAGCUUGCUGUCACCCUGUACAACAGUUACCCUGUGCCAUCCCUUUGGAGGCACAGGAAGGAGGAGGUGGAGCCUUGUCUGGCCCUGCACAAAGCAGUUGCUGCUUCUUGUCUCCUGCUCCUCCUGGGGCUCUUGCCCUAGAAGCAAAAGAAAUUCAGCAAAAAAUGCUUUCCCGCGUUUGCCUAGCUCAGGUUAGCUUUCUCAGUGCUGGGGAGCACCUGUAGCCAACCUGUUUCAGCGUCGGUGGGGACUGGAGCUGAGCAACAGCAUGCUGCUGGUGCUGAGGCCCAGCCUGGCAGACCACUGCCGUGUUUGCUGCAAGGGGCCUUUUCCCGUUCCCUCUUCAACCAGCGGUGCUGCCGCGUCCUGGGGAGACUCAGUGUGUGUAGUAGCUUGGGGGUGUCCCUGCUGUCCUCCCACACACUUUCAAGGUCUCUGACCUGAUGCCAGGCCCUGCUCAGCAUCCCCAUCUCCAGGUCAUUUUGGGCCCCUCUGCUGCGUGUGGUGGAGGUCGUCUGUGCCAGGCAGCCAGGCUGGACUCUGUGCUUGAGCUUUUCGUUUGGCUUCAGUGGCUCUUGGUUACAAGGGUGGGUUGGCCUGAAGAGAAGUGGUUUGGGCACAGCACCUGUUGUGGGGCUGGCUUUGCCAGAGCUGAGGGCAGGGCAGGACUGUUUUGCUCUCUGGGGUUCCUUGCAGUUUGUGGCUAUGACUCCACGUUUGUGGCUACUUGUUGCCCUGAGCGCUUCUAGAACACAAAUGCCCCAGCAACGUGGGGUAGGCAGCACAGAGCUGCCAGCAUGCUCCCUCUGACUGCAUGCUUCCCUUGGAGGUGCCUCCUGCCCCCGGCUGUGCCUGAGCAGAGCUGUGGGAUCUGUGCCUGGUACAGGGGUGAGGGCAGAACGGAGUGUUCCUGAGGGCAUGGCUUGCCUCCCACUGAGAGGGAAGCAGGCUCAGGUGGAGCUGGACUAGACAAAGAUGCUGUUGGGCUCAGCUCUGUCCUCAGAUGGGAGCAGGGCCGUGGGAUGCGGUGUGAAAUCAGCAUGCUGGGAGCUGCUGCAGGCUGCCAGCACUUGGGGGUGUGCAGGAUCCGUGUGGCCGGGCCUGCCCCCCCGCAGCAAACCCCUGCAGACUGGUGAGUGCUGCCAGGGUCAGGGUGUACAGCUUGGGCACCAAGGGAGGAAGCUCGAGUGGGACUGUUUUCAGUGGGUUGUUCUAGCUCUUCUCUGACAAAGCCGUGGACGCUGGAGGGAGAAACCGGAGAGUGAAACUGAGACCAGCCCUUGGGCCGGCAGCUCCCAAACCCUGUAGGGGAUCUGGUUCUGCCUGGGAGGGCAUGUCUGAGGGGGCAGGGGGGAGCGCCCUGCCUGCCCUGCCCUCUCCCUGGGGCAGGCAGAGCAGAGGUGUCCUGUUUCCAGGCCAGGCCCCGCUGACGCUGUCUGUAAACCAGCGGGGAGGUGAAUAUGCAAGGUGCAGCCGUGCUUGUUAAGCUCCCAGCUGGUGGGCGGAGGGGGAGGAACGAUCCUUUUGCCAGGGAGCUCUGCUCUCAUCUGUCAUGGGAGACUGUCCCGGGUCUGCUCCUGCUUCUCCCCUUUCUUCCUUCUUAGGGUGUUACUCACUGCUGUUCCCGCCCUCUUGCAUAGGGCACUGUUUGACUGAAAUAGCUGCUGCUCUGAGCUGUGGGGCAGGCUGCCCCAGUUAACCCUGGAGGCUCAGUUUUGCAGAUUGGGGCCUCCCUCCUCACCCUCGACUUUGCCUCCAGAUAUUGUUAGCCCUGGUGGCUCCUCUGGGCCAGUAUUGCAGUAGUGGGAGCCAUGAGCAUAACAAUUGCUUUCCAGGUUUUUAAUGUGUGCCACAUAUGGAAGACCCCCGGUUGUAUCUUGGGAGCUCUGACAAGCCCAUGGUUUUGGCAGUAAGCAUUGUAACAGCUGUGAUGAGGCCACUAGUUCCUUGCCAGAGAGUUUGACCACAGAGAGUCGCCAAGAUAGCUGGGCCAGGAAGAAAACGUCGCACCCCUGACCCAGACUCCAUUACUGACCCCGGCGGGCCGUUUGUGUCCUCCAAACGGCUGAAGAUGUCCAGCAGCACCAAUGCCCCUGGCCAGAGGAGAGUGUCUCGGGGCUUGGAUGAUGCCACCAACAAGAAGAAGCAGAAGGAUCGAGCCAACCAGGAGAGCAAGGAAGUGUCUCGCCCUGAGCUCGAGCAGGCUGAGACUGCCCAGGAGAAGGACUCAGAGGAGGAGCUGCUGCUGGACUGGAAGCAGAAUGCUGAUGAGAUCAUCGUCAAGCUGAACUUGGGCAGUGGAGCUCUGAAGGUGGAGGAUGUGGACGCUGCUUUCACUGACACAGACUGUGUGGUCAAACUACCAGAUGGGCGCCAGUGGAGCUGUCAGUUCUACGAGGAGAUUGAGAGCUCCUGCAGCAAGGUCCAGUGCAAGAAGGGCAACUUUCUACAGCUUGUGCUUCAGAAGAAGAUCCCACUCCAUACCUGGUCUUCUCUUCUGAAGAGGAGGAAAGACGGAUCCAAAGAGCUGGCUAAAGGGGCCACGUGCUGGGAGAAUGGGAAGGAGAAAGCUGCUUCUGCAGAGCUGACCCCUGAAGAACCGAGGGUUGAAGGCCCAGAGCUGCUGAGAUCCCGGCGGGAGCCCUCCAACCCCAAGCGUGCUCCAGGAAGAAGUGAGGCCCUGGGAGGGAAAAGCCCAGCCAGCCCAGGGACACAGAGUGGCCCCAGUGCCAAGCGGGCAGUAUACCUCAAAGUGGCUCCCACUGAAGAGGAGCCAAAUGCCAGAGUCAGCGGGAAUGUGGAGCCCAGCAAAGGGCACAGCGGGAGAGCAGGCAGCCGCAGGAAUGGCAGAGCCAGCCAAGUUGAUGCGCCCACAGCCCUUGCAGACCUCGCACUGCCACUGGAGAAGGCUGUGGUUUUGGCCAAGGAGGCUGUUCCUGUGGAGAUGCCACCUCUUGCGGCUACCACAGAGGUGUUCCCCCACCGUAUUGCCACCUGUGUGGAGAAGAGAGUCCUGCAGCCAGGCAGCCCUGCUGAGGCCUUGCGGGGCCGGGACUGCACACCUGUCCUGGGAGAGAGUUCUAAGGCCAUCCCGGCAGCCACUCCUUCCCUAGGCAGAGACAGUGAGAAGAGGGACUGGUCCAAGGAUGACGUGGCUCUGGAAGCAGCAGCUGAUGAGCCAGAGCCUUUUGUGAGCCUGACCUUUGUCAAGAAUGAUUCAUAUGAGAAGGGCAAUGACCUGGUGGUGGUACACGUCUAUGUGAAAGAGAUCCAUAAGGAGACAUCCAAGGUGUUGUUCCGGGAACAAGACUUUACGCUGGUGUUCCAGACAAGUGACACAAAUUUCCUUCGCCUCCAUCCUGGCUGUGGGCCCCACACAGUGUUCCGGUGGCAGGUGAAGCUAAGGAACCUUAUUGAGCCAGACCAGUGCACGUACAACUUCACAGUGUCUCGCAUCGACGUCUGCCUGAAGAAACGCCACAGCCAGCGCUGGGGGGGGCUGGAGGCUCCAGCCACACGAGGUGCAGUGGGUGGUGCAAAGGUUGCCAUGCCUACAGGCCCUACCCCUCUGGACAAGAACCCCCCGGGCAGUAACCAGCACCCCCUGUCCAGCAAGGAAGAGGCCCGAGCCAGUGACAAAGAGAAGCAGCGUGUGGAAGAUGGGGGUCUGGAUGGUGUGGCAGCUCGUACAGCCCCAGAGCAUGUGGCAGUGAAGCAAGAGCCACACAUCCCAUCGCCCAAACCAACAUGCAUGGUGCCACCGAUGACGCACAGCCCGGUGAGCGCUGAGAGUGUGGAGGAUGAUGAGGAUGAAGAUGAGAAGAAGAAAGUCUGCCUGCCUGGCUUCACGGGGCUGGUGAACUUGGGCAACACCUGCUUCAUGAACAGCGUCAUCCAGUCCCUGUCCAACACCCGGGAGCUACGUGACUACUUCCAUGAUCGGUCCUUUGAGUCGGAAAUCAACUACAACAACCCACUGGGGACAGGCGGGCGCCUGGCCAUCGGCUUUGCCAUGCUGCUUCGAGCGCUGUGGAAGGGCACGCACCAUGCCUUCCAGCCAUCUAAACUGAAGGCAGUCGUGGCCAGCAAGGCCAGCCAGUUCACUGGCUAUGCCCAGCACGAUGCUCAGGAGUUCAUGGCCUUCCUGCUUGAUGGCCUACACGAGGACCUCAACCGUAUCCAGAACAAGCCCUACACAGAGACUGUUGACUCGGAUGGGAGGCCCGACGAGGUGGUAGCUGAAGAGGCCUGGCAACGACACAAGAUGAGGAAUGACUCUUUCAUUGUGGACCUCUUCCAGGGCCAGUACAAAUCCAAGCUGGUGUGCCCAGUGUGUUCCAAGGUGUCCAUCACCUUUGACCCCUUCCUGUACCUCCCUGUGCCCCUCCCACAGAAGCAGAAGGUGCUGACUGUCUACUACUUUGCAAAGGAGCCGCACAAGAAACCUAUCAAGUUCCUUGUGAGUAUCAGCAAGGAGAACUCCAGUGCCAUGGAGGUACUCGACUCGGUGGCCCACAGUGUGCGUGUGAAACCAGAGAACCUGCGCCUGGCAGAGGUGAUCAAGAAUCACUUCCACCGCAUGUUCCUGCCGUCCAACUCACUGGACACGGUCUCCCCUACGGACCUGCUGCUCUGCUUUGAGGUUCUGUCCCCAGAGCUGGCCAAGGAGCGGGUGGUGGAGCUGCAGGUCCAGCAGCGUCCGCAGGUGCCCAGUGGCCCCGUUGCCAAGUGUGCAGCCUGCCAGAAGAAGCAAUUGCCAGAUGAUGAGAAGCUCAAGCGCUGCACGAGGUGCUAUCGAGUCGGUUACUGCAAUGUGGCAUGUCAGAAAACACACUGGCCAGACCACAAGGCUUUGUGCCGCCCUGAGAACAUCGGUUUCCCCUUCCUCAUCAGCGUGCCAGAGUCCCGCCUCACCUAUGCCCGCCUGGCACAGCUGCUGGAGGGCUAUGCAAGGUACUCAGUCAGCGUGUUCCAGCCUCCAUUCCAGCUUGGCCGAAUGUCACCGGAGCAGGGGCUGCAGCCUCAGCUCCCAGACAAGCUGGAGCCUCUGGCCAAGAGCAGCUGUGCAGCAGCCACCUCUGCCUCCGAGCUGGGAGACGUGGACAGGGCUUCCAGCCUCUUGCAGGAGCCCCCGCUCUCGCCAGCUGUGCCUGAGCUGCAUCCAGACCUGGGGGACACGGGCACUGUCCGGAGCAAGGUCCUGGCAGCCAGGAGUUCCCUGCUGAGCUUGGAUUCAGGCUUCUCUGAACACGUGGAGACACAGGGCGACAGCUGUUGCGAGAAGGAGCCAUCCUAUGAGAGAGCCCUCAAGCCAGAAGCUGCCAUCCCUGGGUACCAACACACUCCAGACUCGCUGAGUGCCCGCGCCACGCAGUUCUACAUCAACAAGAUCGAUGCUGCCAACAGAGAGCACAAGCUGGAAGAUAAAGGUGACACCCCCCUGGACCUGACAGAUGACUGCUCCCUCGCCCUGGUAUGGAAGAACAAUGAGCGCCUCAAGGAGUUUGUGUUGGUGGAGUCCAAGGAGUUGGAGUGCGUGGAGGACCCAGGCUCAGCCAGCGAAGCAGCCCGGGCUGGCCACUUUACCCUGGAGCAGUGCCUCAAUCUCUUCACCAAGCCUGAAGUCCUGGCCCCAGAGGAAGCGUGGUACUGCCCCAAGUGCAAGCAGCACCGUGAGGCCUCCAAGCAGCUGAUGCUGUGGCGGCUCCCCAACGUCCUCAUCAUCCAGCUCAAGCGCUUCUCCUUCCGCAGCUUUAUUUGGAGGGAUAAGAUCAACGACAUGGUGGACUUCCCCGUCCGGAGCCUGGACCUGAGCAAGUUCUGCAUUGGCCGGAAGGGUGAGCAGCAGCUGCCGAUGUAUGACCUGUACGCUGUGAUCAACCACUACGGAGGCAUGAUUGGGGGGCACUACACGGCGUACGCCCGCCUGCCCAAUGACAAGAACAGCCAGCGCAGUGACGUGGGUUGGCGGCUCUUCGAUGACAGCACAGUCACCACCGUGGACGAGAGCCAGGUGGUGACCAGAUACGCAUAUGUCCUCUUCUACCGCCGGAGGAACUCUCCUGUGGAGAGACCCCUCCCAGGGCAUGCCCCAGACCACCGAGCUGAGCGCACCCCCUCUGCCGAAGCUGCUGCCAGCCAGGCUUCUCUGAUCUGGCAGGAACUGGAGGCUGAAGAACAAGAGCUGCAGCUUGAUGCACCCCAAAGGCCUGCAAGAAACUCCCGGAGGCCCCGUGGCCAGAAGCGGAGUCCGGGCACCCCCCAGCACCCAGAUGAAGGCUGCAUCAGAUACUUUGUCCUGGCCACCACGGCCGCAAUCGUGGCUCUCUUCCUGAACGUCUUUUACCCGCUCAUUUACCAGACCCGCUGGAGAUAGGCACAGGAGCAUGGCCAGCUGUGGGAACAGGGCUGCCGGGGCACGCGCCAUCCUAGGAUGCUACACAACAAAGACAUUGGCUGGCAGGACAGAAACUCGGGAAGGACUCACCGAGGGAAACACGGGGCUGUCGGCUCCUGUCUGUCUGCUCUGGCAUCUCCCGUGCCAGCUGGCAGGGCUGUGUGGCUAGCCUGCUGCCUUGCCAAGGCGCAGCCCAGAACCAGGAGCCCCUCUGCCCUCUGUCACUCUUGCUGCCUGCUGGAAAUGGGGCAGACCUUGUGGCUACCUGCUGCUCAGGAAGGGACAUAGCUGCUGCGGUGCAGCUGGGGCCUGGGAGCCCCCCAGGAAUAUUGACUGCCUCUGCUGGGUUCCUAAGAAAGAAGCGGAGACCUGCUGGGAGACUGCAGCAAGGGCAGGAUGCCCUGACACGGGUCCUGGUCUGGCCUUCUCUCCCAGCCGUGCUGCUGUGGGAGCCUUGUGCUCCCCUAGGGCUGGGGCGAUCCAUGGUUCUUGGGCCAGCCCUGUCACUCCAGCCAGCCUCCCACUGAGCCUCCAGAUGCCAGCUGCCCAUGCACCAGGAGCUGCGUGCACUGCACCCCCAUGCUGGGGCUGGACGGGCUUGUCAUGAAGGGCUUCUGUGCUUCCCUUCUCAGCCCCGCUGGAGCUCCUCUCCCCUGGGCAGCUGCUGGCAAUCUGGGCUAGGGUGCCUAUGGUGAGCACCCACCUCCAUGAGCUGCUGGCCCCCACCAUCCUCCAGUGCCGUGGGGUCUUUGGGCUGUCCCCAACUGGCUGCGUCUGGGGUGGGGGGCAGGGGGUGUCUUUGCCAGAUCUCUGCUGGGGGAGUGUGAUGCAGCAUCUUGCUUGCGAGGGGACUGGCCAUCUCUGUGGCAGGAGAGGUGUGAGUUGGGGGAGUGCAGGUAGGACCUUGGUGUGUUAAUAAAGCCAGGUUAUCCAAA